GCGGACGCUGAGCCCUGAUUCCCUGUCAUGGGACAAUAAGCAUGGCGGCCGCUGUGACUCGCCUCUGGCAGACGCCGUCUCCCCUAGUGCAGUGCCGCGGCCUGCACAUUAGUCUAAGGACGCAGAAGGCCAAGACGGGGGCAGAACACAUAUGGCUGACCAGGCAGCAGCGGGAUCCCUAUGUGAAGGCAGCACAUGCUCAACAUUACCGCUGCCGCAGCGCCUUUAAGCUGCUGGAGAUCGAUAAGGAGCAUAAAAUCCUGCAGCCGGGGAAUCGAGUUGUAGAUUGUGGUGCGGCACCCGGGGCCUGGAGUCAGGUGCUGGUUGACAAAGUGAAUUCCUUGGGACAAGACCCCGCGAAGAAUGUAGGAUUCGUCCUGGGAGUUGAUCUUCUCCGCAUAGCUCCGCUGGAAGGGGCAGUUUUCCUCUCUAAAUGUGACCUUACCGACCCUGCCACCCAUAGGAAAAUCAUCGAUCUUCUCCCUUCCGGACAGGCAGACGUCAUCUUGAGUGACAUGGCUCCUAAUGCUAGCGGGAUCAAAGAACUGGAUCACCAGAGACUUGUCGGCACGUGUCUGUCUUUCGUGGACUUCUCUUCCACGGUUCUGAGGCCCGGGGGGAACUUAUUGUGUAAGAUGUGGGAUGGAGGAGAAAGCAGUCUAAUAAGAGACAAGCUGCAGCAGAGAUUUCAGAUCGUGAAGACCGUGAAGCCUAAAGCCAGUAGGAUGGAGUCUGCCGAGAUCUAUCUACUGGCAAAAUCACACAGAAGCAAUAAAGCCCCAAACUGAUGCUAUGUAUUAUGUAUCGUACUGCUGCUAUGUAUUACAGAUUAUUAUUAUAUUGAGCAAAAUAUUUUUUAUAAAUAUUAACCGGGCCAUGAUGGGGGUAGGCAUUUGCGCUCCUGUGAGCACCGCGACCUUCUCUCAGCUCACCGAGCACAGCGCCGUCCAUUGUAUGGUGGCUGUGCUUGGUAUCACAGCUCCGCUCCGUUCACUUCAAUGGGGCUGAGCAGGGCC